AUGGCGGAGGACGAAGACGGUGUUUCGGAUAAAAAAUCACCUCAAAAUUUAAAUAAUGCUGGAAAUUCGCAAGAAAACCAACAAAGUACGAACAAGCCUGACUUAGGAAUUGAAGAAGCUAAAUAUGACAUUAAAGAAAAUGGAGAAACCGAGCCUGAAGAGCCAAUAAGCUCGUCGUCCAAAUCAACUGGUGCAAUGCGGAAGGAAGAAAACCCUUUCUCAUUUCGGCAUUUUUUGAAGCGAGAUUUGUCUCUACCAGGCAAUUCAACAUACGAAAACACCGGAGCUAGACCAAAAGUUUAUGCGAAUACUGUGCAGCAUUCUCCUACAAAAUUAGAUAUCCACCCUGAUUCGAGACGGGACAAAAAUCGCCCAAGUGAUAUUCAAGCCAAAGAAAAACAAAGUGAUGGUGUUAGCCUCCGUAAUAGUGACGAUACAUCUUCAAGUAGUUCAGUAGAGAUUCCUUUUAGUGUAGUAGAUAAUUCUGACUCUAAGCAUAACCUGUAUGCAGAUAGUUCUGAAGGGCCUUUUUUCCACAGACCAAAUUUAGCAUCUGAACCUUUAGGAAUGCCAUCAUUGCCCGACUUCGUUCAGGAUCAUAUAUUAGUGGAACAAGCUUAUUUAAAUUCAAAUGGGCCAAUAUCAGUCGAUUUAGACAAUCUGCCCGAUUUUACAUUUAAUACAAAUUAUAAUGCUGCUUCAUCUUCUUUGGGAAGAAGAAAUCAAAGUGGCUAUGGAAAUAAUAGAGGAUAUGAUUAUGAAUCUUAUAUGGGGGCAGCAUCCACAUCAAACUCAGGUCCAUCAAGUCGAAGUAUUCCCUUGGAUUUACCUACUGGUGCAGAAGCAGCUGGACCAGUUCCUCUUGAUCUUCCAGUUCAUCUCAGCUUGGAUCUCACUGAAUCAGUAAACUCUGCUGAUCGUAGAAAUGUAUCUCCUAGAAAUAACUUCCCUUUGGAUCUUCCUCCUAAUGCUGGUGCAGAAUCAAUGCGGCUACCAGAUUUUCUACCAGUACAUCCAGGUCGAACUUCACCGGAACCUGAGCAUCAAGAUGAACAGCUACAACAAAUCAUAUCUGAGUUAGAACGAACCAGAGCAGAACUAUUCGCGGAGCGUAACCGGCGCUCGCGGGCCGAAGAGGAUGCGAGUGCGGCACGCGACGCGGCGGCGCUGUUGCGCGCGGAACUCAGCGCGACGCGCGCCCGGCUGCACGCGCGGCGUGACGCGGACUGCGGGACUGACGCUGCGGCGCGAUCUUCUGAAUCUGACACAUCUGUAGCUAAAUUAAAGAGUGAAAUUAAAAGACUAAAGGAGGAGGCGUGCGCGGCGCAGGAGGAGGCGCGCGCGCUGCGGGCGGGCCGCGCCGCCGCCGCCGCCGCCGACCUGCGCCGCGCCACCGCGCUCGCCGACACCUCGCUGCGAGAGCUCCUGGCGGGUCUAGACCGGUUAAGGUCGCUGAGCUCGACCCUCGACCCGACC